UGAGUAUAAAUAACAAGAGCUAGCUAGCUUCUCUACUCAUAAAAUAUCAUCCAUCUUAUGCAAUAAACAAAAAUUGAGCUUAUUAUAAUUGAGAAAAAAAUAUGCCAAGAGAUCCUCUAAUAGUUUCUGGAGUUGUUGGAGAUGUUGUUGAUCCAUUCACAAGGUGUGUAGACUUUGGUGUGGUUUACAACAAUAGGGUGGUCUACAAUGGAUGUGCCUUGAGGCCUUCACAAGUUGUCAAUCAACCUAGGGUUGACAUUGGUGGAGAUGAUCUUCGCAUUUUUUACACUCUGAUUAUGGUGGAUCCUGAUGCUCCAAACCCUAGCAAUCCAAACCUGAGGGAAUAUUUGCACUGGCUGGUCACAGAUAUCCCAGCAACCACAGGGGCAACCUUUGGCAAUGAAGUUGUACACUACGAGAGCCCACGACCCUCGAUGGGAAUCCAUCGUUAUAUUUUCGUGUUGUUCCAGCAAUUGGGCCGCGAGGCCAUCAAUGCGCCGGACAUAAUCGAUUCUCGUCAAAAUUUCAAUACAAGAGACUUUGCAAGGUUUCACAAUCUAGGUUUGCCUGUUGCUGCUGUUUACUUCAAUUGCAAUAGGGAAGGUGGUACCGGUGAUCGUCGCCUAUAAAUCACCCCCCGCCUUGGGGUGCAGUCCGUUCUCGAACUCUGUGUCAAUGUCAGAUGUUUUGUGUACCGAAUUUUCCUUUUCUAAUAUUAUUAUUACUAUAUAUAGAUAGUAUAUAUGAGUUGAUUUUGUGUGAUAGUCAUUCAACUAAUUGUUUAUUAACUCAGAAAGUCAUCUUUCUUUUGUUGAAGAAAAUUGAAAUUAUGAGAUAGUAACUAUUAUAGUUGAGUGAUCAUCUGAAAGAAUCAACUGUAAUAUAUACUAUAUAU